GUCGCUAGAUUUAAUACUCUGGCACCUCACCAAACGGUGACCAUUAUUCUUCUCGGCCACCUUGUCGAGACCUCUCCUUAUAUGCGUCCUCGAUCGUCACAUCACGCCACGAACAGAGAUAUCUUCUACAGGGAGUUAACAAGAAGAAGCGCCUAGGCAGGCAGCAACUCUGAGCUGAGUCAAUGGGGAACAGCCUGAGGUGCUGCCUGGCGUGCAUGCUGCCCUGCGGCGCGCUGGACCUGGUACAGAUCGUGCACCUGAGCGGCCGCGUCGACGAGUACGGCAGGGCCGUGUCCGCCGGCGAGGUCCUGGCGGCACACCCGGACCACGUGCUCAGCAGGCCCUGCGCGUCCACGAGGCAGCAGGGGGUGCCGCGGAUCGUGAUCAUCGUGUCGCCGGAGGCCGAGCUCGAGCGCGGCGAGAUCUACUUCCUCAUCCCGGCGGCAUCCGUGCCUGCCGAUGCCAAGAAGAAGACGAAGAGGACGAGUGCCGGCUCGGCUGAGGAGGAACGGAGACGACACCGGCAGCACGUCCGCAGCAAAUCGGAAGGCAGCGCGGCCGCGGACGCAGACGUCGAGGGUCGGUUGGGAUUGAGGUCGCCGGAGACGAACAGGAAGGAGCAGCACCGCCGGCGCAUGAGCACCGGUAGCCACGCCGCGUCGUGGCACCCGCACCUCUCACGCAUCGCUGAGGACCCAGCUUCAUCGAUCGAGCUCUAGCUCCCUGUCGUGCCGGUGCCCGUACACGCACGGCCGGUGUCUUUUUGCAUGUAUGAUGUCAAUUACUCAAUUUCCUCCUAUCUUAUUCUGUGAUCUCCCGGUAAAUAUUCUUCUUCCGUGUCUCACAUUUUUUUGUUUUGUUUUAUCUUUCCCCAAGUGUACAUUUGAUUCAAGUGUAAUGCUUGUGUAAACUGGGCGCAACGCUGUGAGUCUGUGACUGUGACUUAUUUCUUUUUGAAUUUUGAAUUUUGUGGCUUGUGAUUUCU